AUGCAGCGGAGAGGCGGAUAUGGAAUACCGCAGCAGCGUGCAGGGUCAAAGACAGCCGGCCCCCCAUGUCAGUGGUCUAGGAUGGCCAGUGAAGCCACCAGCAUCCCCAGUCCUGUGGUGCGCCAGAUUGACAAGCAGUUUCUGAUUUGCAGUAUAUGCCUGGAGAGGUACAAGAAUCCCAAGGUUCUCCCCUGUCUGCACACUUUCUGCGAGAGGUGCCUGCAGAACUACAUCCCCGCCCACAGCUUAACCCUCUCCUGCCCCGUGUGCCGCCAGACCUCCAUCCUGCCCGAGAAGGGGGUGGCCGCGCUGCAGAACAACUUCUUCAUCACCAACCUGAUGGACGUGCUGCAGCGAUCUCCAGGCAGCAGCGCCGAGGAGUCCUCCAUUCUGGAGACCGUCACUGCCGUGGCUGCAGGGAAGCCUCUGUCGUGCCCAAACCACGAUGGGAAUGUGAUGGACUUCUACUGCCAGUCCUGCGAGACCGCCAUGUGUCGGGAGUGCACGGAGGGGGAGCACGCGGAGCACCCCACCGUGCCCCUCAAGGACGUGGUGGAGCAGCACAAGGCUUCGCUCCAGGUGCAGCUGGACGCCGUCAACAAAAGGCUCCCAGAAAUAGAUUCUGCUCUUCAGUUCAUCUCGGAAAUCAUCCAUCAGUUAACCAACCAAAAGGCCAGCAUUGUGGAUGACAUCCAUUCUACUUUUGAUGAACUCCAGAAGACUUUAAACGUGCGCAAGAGUGUGCUGCUCAUGGAGCUGGAAGUCAACUAUGGCCUCAAACACAAGGUCCUCCAGUCGCAGCUGGACGCCCUGCUCGAGGGCCAGGAGAGCAUCAAGAGCUGCAGCAGCUUCACGGCGCAGGCCCUCGACCACGGCACGGAGACGGAGGUGCUGCUGGUGAAGAAGCAGAUGAGCGAGAAGCUCAACGAGCUGGCGGACCAGGAUUUCCCGCUGCACCCGCGAGAAAACGACCAGCUGGACUUCAUCGUGGAGACCGAGGGGCUCAAGAAGUCCAUCCACAACCUCGGGACGAUCCUGACCACCAACGCCGUCGCCUCCGAGACGGUGGCGACGGGCGAGGGGCUGCGGCAGACCAUCAUCGGGCAGCCCAUGUCCGUUACCAUAACAACCAAGGACAAAGACGGCGAGCUGUGCAAGACGGGCAACGCCUACCUGACGGCGGAGCUGAGCACGCCGGACGGCAGCGUGGCCGACGGGGAGAUCCUGGACAACAAGAACGGCACGUACGAGUUCCUCUACACCGUGCAGAAGGAGGGCGACUUCACGCUGUCGCUGCGCCUCUACGACCAACACAUCCGCGGCAGCCCGUUCAAGCUGAAGGUGAUCCGCUCGGCGGACGUGUCCCCCACCACCGAGGGCGUGAAGCGGCGCGUGAAGUCCCCGGGCAGCGGCCAUGUGAAGCAGAAGGCUGUCAAGAGGCCCGCCAGCAUGUACAGCACCGGGAAGCGAAAAGAGAACCCCAUCGAAGACGACCUGAUCUUCCGCGUGGGUACCAAAGGAAGAAACAAAGGAGAAUUCACAAAUCUUCAAGGGGUAGCAGCAUCUACAAGUGGAAAGAUAUUGAUUGCUGACAGUAACAACCAAUGUGUGCAAAUAUUUUCCAAUGAUGGACAGUUCAAAAGUCGUUUUGGCAUACGAGGACGCUCUCCUGGGCAGCUACAGCGUCCCACAGGAGUAGCUGUGCAUCCCAGUGGGGACAUAAUCAUUGCUGAUUAUGAUAAUAAAUGGGUUAGCAUCUUCUCAUCAGAUGGGAAGUUUAAGACAAAAAUCGGAUCAGGAAAGCUGAUGGGGCCCAAAGGAGUGUCUGUGGACCGCAACGGGCACAUCAUCGUGGUGGAUAACAAGGCGUGCUGCGUGUUUAUCUUCCAGCCAAAUGGAAAAAUAGUCACCAGGUUUGGUAGCCGAGGAAAUGGGGACAGGCAGUUUGCAGGUCCCCAUUUCGCAGCUGUAAAUAGCAAUAAUGAGAUUAUUGUUACAGAUUUCCAUAAUCAUUCUGUCAAGGUGUUUAAUCAGGAAGGUGAAUUCAUGUUGAAGUUUGGCUCAAAUGGAGAAGGAAACGGGCAGUUUAAUGCUCCCACGGGCGUAGCGGUGGAUUCAAACGGAAACAUCAUCGUGGCCGACUGGGGGAACAGCAGGAUCCAGGUUUUUGAUGGAAGUGGGUCGUUUUUGUCCUACAUUAACACGUCUGCUGAUCCACUCUAUGGCCCCCAGGGCCUGGCCCUAACUUCAGACGGCCACGUGGUGGUUGCAGACUCUGGAAACCACUGUUUCAAGGUCUACCGGUACUUACAGUAA